AUGGGGCUCCUGGACGCGGAACCAGCGCGCAUGCUGGAUGCUGUGUCAACCGCGGUCAACGACACCAUCGAGUUCUACAGAUGGACCUGGUCGAUCGUAGAUAAACGUGUUGAGAAUUGGCCUCUGAUGCAGUCUCCAUUGCCUACAUUAUGUAUAAGUACUCUUUAUCUCCUCUUUGUCUGGCUGGGCCCUAAAUGGAUGAAGAACAGAGAACCUUUCCAGAUGCGUUUAGUGUUGAUUGUCUAUAAUUUUGGAAUGGUUUUACUUAACAUGUUUAUCUUCAGAGAGCUAUUUUUGGCAUCAACUGCUGCAGGAUAUAGCUAUAUUUGCCAGAGUGUCGAUUAUUCAGAUGAUGUGAAUGAAGUCAGGAUAGCUGGGGCUCUAUGGUGGUACUUUGUGUCGAAAGGCGUUGAAUAUUUGGAUACAGUAUUCUUCAUUCUGAGGAAGAAAAACAACCAAGUAUCUUUCCUUCAUGUGUAUCAUCACUGUACUAUGUUUACAUUGUGGUGGAUUGGCAUUAAAUGGGUAGCAGGAGGACAAGCAUUUUUUGGAGCUCAACUUAAUUCUUUUAUCCAUGUGAUUAUGUAUUCAUAUUAUGGCUUAACUGCAUUUGGCCCAUGGAUUCAGAAAUAUUUAUGGUGGAAACGAUAUUUGACCAUAUUGCAGCUGGUUCAGUUCUAUGUGACUAUUGGACACACAGCGUUGUCUCUCUAUACGGAUUGCCCUUUCCCCAAAUGGAUGCACUGGGCUCUCAUUGUUUAUGCCAUCAGCUUUAUUUUUCUGUUUCUUAAUUUCUACUACCAAACAUACAACGACCCCAAGACAUCAAAAAAUCGAACAGCAGCAGCAAAUGGUAUUUCAGCAAAUGGUAUAAGCAAAUCAGAAAAGCAGCUAGUGAUGGAGAAUGGAAAAAAGAAGCAUAAUGGAAAGGCAAAAGGAGAGUAA